AUGAGCCGAAGACUGUCUUAUGCGGAAAAAGGGAAGGGUCAAGCAGCUUUACCUCUACCUCCCCCUCCCCGCCAAGCCCGAGUCAAAGUCCCUCCUUUUGACAACUCAAAGUUAGUUAAGAAGGCUUCGCUCACACUGAUUGGAAGAAUAACUAACCCAAAAAUCCAAAGAGUUUGGUCCCUCAUUUCAUUCUUCACUGACCACUGGAAGGUCUCUGUAAAACCGGUUGGAGCAGAUCUCGGACACGGACAGUUCCAGUUCCAGUUUGCUACGGAAAAAGAUCUUCAACAAGUCUUAGAUAACAGACCUUACCACUUCGCUUAUUGGAUGAUAAUACUCCAACGCUGGGAACCAACUACGGUGAGCUCCUUCCCAUCUCAGAUCCCGUUUUGGAUCCAGGUUCAAGGAAUCCCAAUCCAUCUCUGGUCUGUAGAGACUCUACGCAGUAUUGCUGAUAAUAUCGGACAAUUCCAAUCAAUGGAGAUCACCUCUACUACGGCAAAAAUUCAAGUCCAUAUUGAUAGCUUGCAACCCCUUAUUACUUCCUCGGUGGUGGAAUUUGAAAACGGAGAUGAAGCAGAAGCCACACUGAUAUAUGAAAAGCUGGAAAAACAUUGUAUACUCUGUUGGAGCCUUCUUCAUGAUGCCAAAGACUGCGACCUAGCCUCACCGAGGAAGGAAGGCAUCACUCAUGAAAAGCGAGACCUCGCUACUAGAAGUCCGAGAGACGAAGGUCCCUUGACCAGAGGAGAGUCACACCACUCCAGGACAGGAAGCCUCGUUGGUCCAAAAAACCCAGCUCCGCCAAGACGCUAUCGAGAUAGUCGAGAGCAGGAGUCGAGACUCCCUCUACCAAGAAAUGAUAGAAUUUAUUCGUCAACUUUAGAAAGAGAGCGAUCACGAAAUUCAAGCAGGGACUCGCAAUACCGAGGAAGAGAUUACAGAAGACCUUACCCGACUGAUCUUAGACACUCUCUGGACUCUGCACGGUCUCACCACUCGUCCUUUUCUCAGCAUGAGGGACAUGUCGAGACAAACUCUCACCCUACAGCAAGAUGGGUGGAGAAAGCGAGACUAGACCCUAUUACCCAUGAAAGGAGAUCGGAUGUUCAUCCCUCUAUGUCUGAGAGCUCCAGACAGAGACGCCCCCCUCUUGAUAGAGAACUCUCCCCCCACCAAUCUCCUGAACAUCUCCCUAGAGAAGCAUUCAAUACGGCCUUAAAUGAAGUACAAGAUGUCAUGGUACAAUAUUCUUCCUGUGCGGACCCUUCUGAAAGCGCUGCAAGAAAAGAGAGAUUAAGAUUAGCAGAAGAAAAUGGACAAGUUGAACAUGCUGCAGCCCAAAUGGUGAGAGCCUCACUUGCAGCACAAUCACUAGCAGCUGAGCUGACUUCUUCAAUAGCACCAAACCCCGACCUCAGAUCCGCUGAACGCAUUCCCGCUUCCCAAAGGCUUGGCCCAACUGAUCUUCCUGAGGAAACAUGA